UUCCUUAGCCUUUUGUUUUUCUCUUCUUUACUCUUCAUGCAGCCUACAAAAUGGGAAACCUUUGCACCUGCUUUGCUCGUAAAACGGUAGCGAAACGGCCCGUCGCGAAACGGUUGCAGCACCAGCAAAACGGAGCCAAUUCCAGCAACCGGUGGGCCAGGGUCCGAUCGUCGAGGAAGGACAAGCUCGAUGACGCUGUGGUUCAAGAGCAGGCUUUGGCAGCUGCGAUCUUGUUCAGGCAGCAAAACGGCGGAGCUUCAUUGCCGUUCGAUAGGGCGGCUUCGUUAAGGUACCUGAAUUCUGGUGCCGGGUCUAAGAAAGCGGGUCAGUUGCCUCGGAGCUCCAGUUCUAGAGCGAGGUCCCUUACUGACCCGCUUUUGCAACCUCAUCAGCUUGUUAAUCAGGACAAGCUCGAUAAUUUGGAAACAAAUCAUUUUGUCCUUGUCCAUGGGGGAGGCUUCGGUGCUUGGUGUUGGUAUAAAACGAUUGCACUCUUAGUGGAAGGUGGUUUCAAAGCUACUGCAGUUGAUCUAACGGGUUCCGGCAUUCAUUCGUUCGACACUAAUGGCAUCACCAGUCUCUCACAAUAUGCGAAGCCACUAACUGAUUUUCUUGAAAAUCUUUGUGAAGGCGAGAAGGUGAUCUUGGUCGGGCACGAUUUUGGUGGUGCAUGCAUAUCGCAUGCAAUGGAGCUGUUUCCUUUUAAAAUUGCAAAGGCUGUUUUUGUGGCUGCUGCAAUGCUGAUAGAUGGACAAAGUACUCUUGAUAUGUUUGCUUUACAGGCAGGUUCCAAUGAUCUAAUGCGACAGGCUCAGAUAUUUGUGUAUGCUAAUGGAAAUGACCAUCCUCCAACUGCUAUAGAUCUAGACAAGUCUUUAUUGCGGGAUUUGUUAUUCAACCAAAGUCCUUCCAAGGAUGUAGCAUUAGCAUCUGUGUCAAUGAGGCCAAUCCCUUUUGCACCAGUUGUGGAGAAGCUUUCACUUUCUGACAUGAAAUAUGGAUCCGUGAGGCGUUUUUACAUAGAAACCACCGAAGAUAAUGCCAUACCAACGGUGCUUCAAGAGAGCAUGAUUAACUCAAGCCCACCAGAAAAAGUAUUCCGUCUAAAAGGGGCUGACCACUCGCCAUUUUUCUCAAAGCCUCAAGCCUUGCAGAAACUAUUUGUAGAGAUCUCAAAACUCCCUCCACCUUGAGAGAAUCUAAUUUUUGAAUAUUCAUGGGAGUCCCCCCCACUUGGGGCUUCAUUUGAUGAGGUACAGGGAAACCA